ACGGACUGUCAUUUACAAGAAUAUCACGGGGCAGAUACUGUAACGAAAAAAGGAUUGAUUUGAGGUCUUUUCAAAACUCUGCAGAUAUGGUAUGAAAUGUAAACAUAUUAAUUGGAACACAAGUUGAACACCUACACUGAAGACACAAUAUGGAAGCUAAGGCAAAUUCUUCCUGCAAGACUGUAGGAAGUAAAAAACAAAAUGUUGGAACUCUGUUGUCAGACAAUAAUUCCGUUCGUAAACCAGAGACAUCAAACCAUCAGGAAAGUCAACAAGGAGAAUGUUCAAAAACAGGAAAUGAAAUCACUGCUAGCAAAACGAAUGCUCAGGAUGAGAAGACGGUUUCUACAAGGAAUUUGGGCGUACUAUUCAGACUCCCAUUGGUCAUUAACUGUAUGAAAGGUAUUUUCCAUGCACAAAGAAAACUCAACUCUUUCAGAUCAAGAGAUGAUAAAGAUGAGCAGGACGCAAUUACAAGUGAAUAUGCCGAAGCACAAAUUCACGAUCUCAUUAAACGUAUGCGGGCAAGAACCAGCCAUUACAAAGAAAAAUUAUCGGACGCGGAUCUUUCUUCAGCUGAGUCAAGUCCUACAACAUCUGUUGUCAAGCCUAAACCUCCAAAGCCACCACCACCACCACCACUACCUAUAAAGGAGGAAGAAAAGGAGAAGGCAACUGAAGAUCAAAGUCCACCUGUACAAGAUGAAGAACAUUACUGUGACAUGCUUUGCUGUAAAUUUAAGAGACCCUCAUUUAAAAAGCGCCUUCAGCGUCUCAAGAUUCCAUAUACAAUAGAUGGCUAUACAGAUCCACACUAUGUGUUUUGGUUAUUCCUUAUUGCUUUAUCGUUUAACUGGAAUUGUUGGUUCAUUCCUCUGCGAUGUGUCUUUCCUUUUCAAACAUCUACCAACCUGUUGUAUUGGAUGGCCAUGGACUAUGUUUGUGAUGCUAUAUAUCUACUGGACAUAUUUGUAUUUCAACCACGGCUGCAAUUUAUAAAGGGUGGAGACAUAAUAAUGGAAAGGAAACAAACAAGAAAAAACUACUGGGAGUCUGCUAAGUUUCGCCUUGAUGCAGCAUCUGUGAUACCAUUUGAUCUUCUGUAUGCAGUCAUUGGAUUCAAACCAGUUUUAAGAAUAAAUCGACUUUUAAAGUACCGAACAUUCUUUGAAUUUAAUGAUCGACUAGAAGCAAUUCUAGAAAAAGCAUACAUUUACAGAGUUAUUCGAACAACUGGUUAUCUCCUAUUUAUUCUUCACAUUAAUGCGUGCAUCUAUUACUGGGCCUCAGCUUAUGAAGGCAUCGGGAGCACUAAGUGGGUUUAUGACGGGAAUGGUAAUAUGUACCUGAGAUGCUACUAUUUUGCAGUCCGUACCUUAAUCACAAUAGGUGGACUUGCUGAACCUCAAACGUUAUUCGAGAUAGUUUUCCAGCUAUUAAAUUAUUUUUCGGGCGUCUUUGUCUUCUCAAGUUUAAUUGGUCAGAUGCGUGACGUAAUUGGAGCUGCAACCGCAGGACAGAGUUAUUAUCGAGCCUCUGUAGACAAAAGCAUUGCAUAUAUGAGCACAAACAAAAUCCCUAAAAUUGUGCAAAAUCGUGUGAGAAGCUGGUAUGAAUACACAUGGGAUUCACAAGGAAUGCUAGAUGAAUCAGAAAUGAUGGAGGAAAUGCCAACAAAGAUGCAACUUGCUAUCGCAAUUGAUGUUAACUUUGCCAUAGUAAACAAUGUGGAACUGUUCAAGGGCUGUGAUUCUCAAAUGAUUCAUGACCUAUUGUUGAGAUUGAAAUCCAUUGUCUAUUUACCGGGUGACUAUGUCUGCAAAAAAGGAGAAAUAGGAAGAGAAAUGUUUAUCAUAAAACAAGGAGCAGUACAAGUCCUAGGUGGGCCGGAUGAUCGGACGGUGCUGGUUACACUGAAGGCUGGAGCUGUGUUUGGAGAAAUUAGUCUCCUAGCUGUUGGAGGUGGAAAUAGGCGCACUGCUAAUGUGGUGGCACAUGGGUUUGCUAAUCUCUUUAUAUUGGACAAAAAGAAUCUUAGUGAAAUUUUGGUCCACUAUCCGGAUUCCAAGAAACUUCUCACCAAGAAAGCUAAGAAGUUAAUGAAGGGAAAACAAACACAGCCCGCAGUGGUAAGGAAAGGCUUUGCUCACCUGAUACCUCCAAAGCAAGACACCCCACGGCUCUUCCAAACCAUAAUGGCUGCAGCAAGUAUGAGACCCGGCUUGAAUUUAUUACAGAGAGUGAAGAAAGAACAACUGUCAAAGGCUGGAAAGUUAGAGCUUCACAAGUUUUUGCCAUUGAAGAAUGAAAUUUCCCCGUCUCAGCUUGUAGGGCAAAAGGAGAAUAUUAAUAAGGAAGAACAAGAUGCAGAUUCCAAAAUCAAACCCACUGCAGGAGAGGGAAAGAAACCAGACGAUGUCAAGCCAGUACCCGGACCUUCAUCUACAACAGACACGCAUAAAGACACUGAGAACAAGUCUUAUAUUAUAACCAUGUCUCCAUCAGCAAGAGCUGGAGAAGGAGAGGUCCUCACAGUGGAAAUUAGAAAAAGUGGAAAAAAAUAGAGAUAUUUUCAAUCCUCACUGGUCAAAAAAAAUAUAUAUAUUAAAAGAAAGAUCACCGUCAGCAUUAGCUAAACACUUCCUCCCUUUGAAGGGUCACUCUGUGCACUAUAACAACCGUGCAUUUUUGAAAACUUCAUGGUCAUAGAACAGGCUACAGGCACUUAGCUCUGUACAGUGAUUAGAACUGCAAUUUAUAAACAAUGUGGCUUAAGGUUUAACACAGACUUUCAGAGCUGUCAAUCAGGCAGCCUUGAACAAGAUUUCCAGGUUGCCUGUAUUCAUGUUGUCGAAGUUAUGCAUGCGGGGUACCUGCAUGCUGCAGACAACUUGUCAAGAACUUAACAUAAUCCAGUUCACUAAACAGCAAUCAGGGCUAUGUGAGAUCUGAUAGCAGCAACAG